GCUUCACCUGGAGGACUGAGUGGGAAUUAGCCGCGGCGCGUGCUCUUACUCCACGUUGCACCCAUGAACUUUUCGGUCCUCCUCCUCGUGCAUCCUCCUUCUCACGGACAAUGAAGACGAGUCGCAAAUGCAGGAGCCUUCUGUCGGUCAGUCUGAACUUCUUCGCUCUUCUCUUCUCCAUCACCGCGUUUAUAACCACGUACUGGUGCGUGGGGACGCAGAGAGUCCCCAAGCCCAAGUGCAGCAAGCUGCGGACCCACCAGUGUAUAGACUACGGAGUCAACGAGACGGACCCCAACAAGGUGGUCUACAGCUGGGAGACCGGGGACGACCGCUUCCUCUUCAGACAGUUCCACACCGGGAUCUGGUUCUCCUGCGAGGAGAACAUCCACGAUGAAAGUGAGAUGUGCAGAAGCUUCCUUGACUUGGCCCCUGCCUCAGAGAAAGGGAUGUUGUGGCUGUCGCUGGUUUCUGAGAUGCUGUACAUUAUUCUGCUGGUGGUGGGCUUCGGCCUCAUGUGUGUCGACCUCGUCCACUCCAGCAACAUCAUCGAUGGACUCAAGCUCAAUGCCUUCGCUGCCGUCUUCACGGUGCUCUCAGGUCUUCUUGGCAUGGUGGCUCAUGUGAUGUACACACAGGUCUUCCAGGUCACUGUGAGCCACGGUCCACCUGACUGGAGGCCCUACAACUGGGACUACGGCUGGUCUUUCUGGUAUGACUCCUCAUGGCCUGCGUCCUUUACCUGCUGCAUGGGCGCGUCGGUCACCACCCUCAACUCCUACACCAAGACCGUCAUCGAGUUCAGGCACAAACGGAAAACCUUCGAGCAAAGCAUCCGCGAGGAGCACGCACGGGAGGCUUUUGGAUUUUUCCAUGAACGCUCCUUGCACUCCAUCUCCAAAUCUGUGGAGGUUUAUACCAGCCAGAGCCUGAAAAGUGGCAGGAAAACUCCACUACCUGCCGGCUCCCUGGACCUGAGUGACAUUGCAGCAUCUUUGGGGGAGGAGCAGUGCUGA